CUCCUCCUCCUCCCGGAGCAAGUCCAUUGCGAGGGCCAAGCAGCAUGCUAGGGGAAGCCGCGCUGCCCGGGCUCUUCCUCCUCCUCCUCCUGCGGCUGCCGGGCUGGGGGGCUGCCUUGCCCCGAGCGCAGCUCUUCCCCUUCGGGCCCCCGCGCGGCGACCGCCAGUUGCCCGACGGCGACGACGAGACCUCGGCGCCCGUGCAGCUGCCCAGCCCGCUGCUCUACUACGAGACCCGAUUCAGCCAGGUCUAUGUUGGGACCAACGGGAUCAUUUCCACCCAGGACUUCCCUAGAGAGACCCAGUAUGUGGACGAUGAUUUCCCCACGGACUUCCCCGCAGUUGCUCCUUUCCUGUCGGACAUCGACACCAGUGGCGGGAGGGGCAAAAUCUAUUACCGCCUGGACGACUCCAGGGAGGUGACGGAUCGGGCCGGCCAGCUAAUCCAGGCUGGAUUCCCCAGCGCGGCCGGUUUCGCCCCACACCACACCUUCAUCGCUACCUGGGAGAAUGUGGGGGCCUACGAAGAAGUCAGCCGGAACUCGGAGCCUUCCAAACAGCGCAACACCUUCCAAGCAGUCUUGGCCUACAGCGAUUCGGAUGCCUAUGCGCUCUUCCUCUACCCUGAGGAUGGGGUCCAGUUCUUUGGGACGCGGCCCAAAGAAUCCUACAAUGUCCACCUGGAGCUGCCGGCCAGAGUUGGCUUCAGCAGAGGGGACUAUCAGCGCCGGGAAGGGCCGUACCACAGCGUCACCAGCAGUGAGCAGUCCGUCAAAAACCUCUACCAGCUGAGCAACAUGGGCAUUCCUGGUGUCUGGGCCUUCCACAUUGGCAGUGCCUCCCAGCUGGGCAACGUAGUCCCUGCCACACUCGGCGGGCUCCCCGCUGCUCCCCCGGAACUCCCCGAGACCAGCUCCACCGGCCACAACUUCCUGGAGCCGGAAUACCCUGACCCCAACCUCGACUAUGCAGAUCCCUUCUACGACGACAGCGAAGACGAUUUCGAGUACCUGCCUGUGGUGCCCACCGAGCUGCCGCUCAGACCCAGCGCCGCGUCGAACCCCGAUGCGCAGGUCGACUACAGCGAGCCAAGGCAUUCGGGUGCCAGUCUGGACUCUGAGCUGGAGCCCACCUCGCUCUACUCAGCACCCAGCCGCCUCCCUCCGUACCCCGAACUGGAUUCGGCCCUCCUGUACCUGGCGGAGCAGUUGACGCCACCUUCUGUAUUAGAAGAAAACGCAAGGACCCCGUCCCUGCCGCCGGUGUACGAGAGCCCGAUUGAAGCCGUCACAGCCGUUCUGCUGAGGCAGCGUGGAGACGGGGACAGCCUAGCCCCGGAGGGAGAAGAUACGGGUGACGCUUCGGAAACGGACCCGGACAUUUUCCCAGACUAUCCGGAGGGCGAAGUUAUCCUCGAAAGCUUCCCAGACCCCCCUCCUUUCAGCCACAGGAGACGGGUUGUCGGUGUGGACGAAGACCUCCCCUUCAACCCAGACGGGUUCACCUACAGCACUACCAACGUGGAGACCUGCGAGGACCACCACCGCCAGUGCUCCCUGCAUGCUUUCUGCACAGAUUACAACACCGGCUUCUGCUGCCACUGCCAGUCUAAGUUCUACGGGAACGGAAGACACUGCUUGCCAGAAGGCGCUGCUCACCGUCUCAACGGCAAGGUGAGCGGAGACCUGCUGGUGGGGCAGACGCCGCUGCGCUUCGGGGAAGUGGACAUGCAUGCCUACAUUGUUGGCAACGACGGGCGGGCUUACACGGCCAUCAGCCACAUCCCUCAGCCGGCCGCCAGGUCUCUGAUGCCGCUGGCUCCAAUCGGGGGCUUCUUUGGCUGGCUUUUUGCUCUGGAGAUACCGGGCUACAAAAAUGGCUUCAGGAUCGCUGGUGCUAAAUUCACUCACCAUUUCGAAGCCACUUUCUAUCCAGGAGAGGAAAAGGUUUCGGUCAAGCAGACAGCCGACGGGCUGGAUGCAGAGAAUUACCUCAGCGUUCGGACUGAAAUUCAAGGUCAGGUGCCCUACAUCCCAGAGGAUUUCACUGUCCACAUUGCACCUUUCAAGGAGAUCUACCACUACUCAGAUUCAGUUGUAACGUCCACGUCCUAUCGGGAAUAUUCCCUGGUUUCCGGAAACGUCAACCAAACCUUCUCCUACCGCCUGCACCAGAACAUCACCUACCAAGAGUGUCCGCAUGCCCGUCACCGCAGGCUCUUCCCUGCCGCCCAGCAGCUAACCGUGGACCGCAUCUUUGCCUUGUACAAUGAGGAGGAGAGCGUGCUUCGCUAUGCCGUCACCAACCAGAUCGGACCCUUGGGAGAGGACUCUGGGACAGUCACCUUGAACCCCUGCUACGAUGGCACCCACUCAUGCGACACGACGGCCCGCUGCCAGCCAGGGUCCGGUCUGGAUUACAGCUGCGAAUGCUCGGCCGGAUAUUGGGGUGAUGGCAAGGAAUGUGCGGAUGUCAACGAAUGCCAAGAGGGCCGCAGUAGGUGCAGCCAGGAGUCCGUCUGUGUCAACACCCCCGGCAGUUACCGGUGUGAGUGCCCCAGUGGAUACCAGAUCGCAAAGGACCGGGCCACUUGCGUAGCCAUUGCCCCGCCAUCCGAUCCCUGCACAGACGGCACUCACACCUGCGCCUCGUCCGACCAGGUGCGAUGCGUCUACCUUGGAGGGGGUUCGUUCAGCUGCGUGUGCAUCACUGGUUACGUGGGCAAUGGGCACAACUGCACAGAUGUGGACGAAUGUGCGGAGGGAAGGUGCCACCAAGCAGCCGAAUGCUACAAUUCUCCCGGCUCCUUCUCCUGCCGCUGUCGGGCUGGCUACGAAGGCGACGGCUUCCACUGCUCUCCAGGGAGCGUGCAGAGGAUGACCCGCUGUGAACACGAGCGGCUGUACGCCAGCCAGCGAGGCGCUUCCUUCCCGGGGGCCCCCCAUGUACCCGAGUGUGAUGACCAGGGGAACUACAGGCCACUGCAAUGCCACGGCAGCACCGGGUAUUGCUGGUGCGUGGACACAGAUGGCAAGGAGAUUCCCGGCAGCCGGGUGCCGCCAUCGACUUCCCUGCCAAUUUGCAGGGCUCCAGAGCCCACCCAGAGGCCACAGACCAUGUGCGAGCGUUGGAGGCAGAGCCUUCUAGAGCACUAUGGGGGCAGCCCGAGGGGCGACCAGUACGUGCCCCAGUGCGACGCCCUGGGCGAAUUCACCCCCUUGCAAUGCCACGGGAACAGCGGCUACUGCUGGUGUGUGGACGAGCAUGGGCGCGAGGUCCAAGGGACGAGGUCGGAGCCGGGAGUGCCCCCCGCAUGCCUGCCCAGCGUCGCCCCUCCGACCGUCCGUCCCUCUCCGCGCCCUGACGUCAGUCCGCCCUCGGCUGGGACGUUCCUGCUGUACGCCCAGGGCCAGCAAAUCGGUUACCUGCCUCUGAACGGCACCAGGCUUCAUAAGGAGGCAGCAAAGACCCUGCUCUCCCUACAUGGCUCCAUCGUGGUGGGAAUUGACUACGACUGCCGGGAGAAGAUGAUGUACUGGACGGAUGUCGCCGGGAGGACCAUCAGCCGGGCGAGUCUGGAACAAGGGGCAGAACCAGAGACUAUUAUCCAGUCGGGGCUGAUGAGUCCAGAAGGCCUGGCCAUCGACCACCUCCGAAGGACCAUGUUUUGGACAGACAGCGGCUUGGACAAAAUCGAGAGUGCGCGGCUGGACGGCACAGAGCGCCGCGUCCUCUUCGCCACAGACCUCGUCAACCCUCGUGCCAUCGCGGUGGAUCCCAUUCACGGGAAUCUGUACUGGACGGAUUGGAACCGCGAAGCGCCCAAAAUCGAGACAUCCACUGUGACUGGGGAACACAGGCGGAUUUUGGUCAACCAAGACAUUGGGCUGCCCAAUGGCUUGACCUUCAACCCCUUUUCCAAACUGAUUUGCUGGGCAGAUGCAGGGACCAAGAAGCUGGAAUGUGCCCUGCCUGACGGGACGGGGCGUCGCGUCAUUCAGAACCACCUCAACUAUCCCUUCAGCCUUGUGAGCUAUGCCAAUCACUUCUACCACACAGACUGGAGAAGGGAUGGUGUCAUAGCUGUGAACAAAGACAGUGGUGCUUUUACAGGUGAAUAUCUUCCAGAACAGCGAACACAUCUCUACGGAAUAACAGCCGUUCACCCAUACUGCCCAGGAGGAAGAAAAUAAGCUACUGGUUCUUGGGGCAGAAGAAAGGGCGGUGGCGGGGGGGGGGGGGAGAGUUCCAUUGUGGCAGCUGGAAGGAGACUCCCACUGAGAAGAUAUUAUUUUACAGAGUGCAAAAGACCCCUCUCCCAACUACAUGAAGACAACCAGCAAUAUGUACUGAAGGGAAUUAAGCGGUUUAACUUAGAGCAAAAUUAUCCAGUAUUUUUUUAAGUUAUACCUCAAAUCUUUUUACUACUGUAUUUUUUUUUAAAUGAAAACAUUUUUUUUAUGUAUUGCCAAGAUGAAAUGGUGCUAUACCCUUUUGCUGAUGGGAGCAACUUUGUAAAAAAAUAAUAAUAAUUAUGAACAUAUACACUAAUCCUUACUCUAUUGUUAUUUUAUUAGAAAACACAAGACACUCUCUGCUUUUAAACGGGUGGCGUGGCAGCAAUCUGUAUAGGGACUCUAUCUGUAUGUACAGGAAUGGCUUUUGCAAAAGUGCCUUAAGAAGUCCAUGUUGUUUUUAAAAAAAUGUUCCGGUUAUAUGAGAAAGGUGGAAGUAGUUUAGGAGCCGUGCAAAGCUGUUGAAGGUAUUUUGCAAAAUCCAAUCCCCACGUCCACCCCUCGCCUCUUCUGACUGUCUUUAGUAUUUAUAUGAGAAUAUGCUAGAAUGAAGUGGCUCAAAUUUAACCCCCCCCCCUGUUCUGUGCAAGUGAUUAGUAUGUGUCAACACCUGUCUGAAACUUCUGGUCUUUUCUAGGCUACUCCAUGAAUUUUAUAAUAAUAAUAAUAAAUAAAUUUUCUAAA